AUGCAUGUCCCUCAGGCUCCACCCUAUACGGAUGCUCCAUCUGCCUAUUCAGAGCUCCAUUGUCCAAGCUUUGUGCACCCAGAGGCUGCCACUGUCCCCACCAUGUCAGCAGCAUUUCCUGGCGCCUCACUGUAUCUUCCCAUGGCCCAAUCUGUGGCUGUUGGACCUUUAGGCUCCACAAUCCCCAUGGCUUAUUACCCAGUUGGCCCCAUCUAUCCGCCUGUUCAACCACCUGUGCUGGUGGAAGGCAGGUAUGAUGCAGGUGCCAGAUUUGGAGCUGCGGCUACUGCUGGCAACAUUCCUCCUCCACCCCCUGGAUGCCCUCCCAAUGCUGCUCAGCUUGCAGACAUGCAGGGAGCCAAUGUCCUCGUAACUCAGCGGAAGGAGAACUUCUUCAUGGGUGGUACAGAUGGUGGCUACACCAGCUGA